AUGAUGCUUCAGCCCCGGCUUGCUCUGCAGAGCAUUCGGCUGCCCUUCAGGUGCUUGCCUACUCUCCCAGCUCGUCGGUUCGCAUCCGUUGACACAUCCUCCGCUAAACCCUCGACCUCAACUCCCGAUUCCAGUAUCACCUUCGCUCCUCCUCCGCCACGAGAUGAAGUUGGUGUCAGGCUUCGCACAUAUACCCCUCGCACCCCCGGUAUCCGUCACUUGCGUCGUCCUGUCAACGACCAUCUGUACAAAGGUCGCCCUGUCCACCGCUUAACCUUCCCGAAGCGUGGCCAUGCCAAGGGUGGUCGUAACAACAGUGGCCGAGUCACCGUUCGCCACCACGGAGGUGGUGCGAAGCGUCGGAUACGCACAGUGGACUUUCUACGAAUGGCCCCUGGCCCUCAUACUGUGGAGCGCAUUGAAUACGACCCUGGACGGAGUGCGCACAUCGCUCUCGUCCGCAGUAAAGAAAACAAGCAACUGAGCUAUAUUCUUGCUCCGGACGGUAUGCGAGCAGGCGAAACCGUGCAGAGCUACAUGUCCGGAAUCCCGGAAGAUUUGUGGAAGAGCAUGGGCGGAACAGUCGAUCCCGGUGUGUUGGCAGCCAGAACUGCAUGGAGAGGAAACUGCCUUCCCCUGCAUAUGAUUCCGGUGGGAACUUCUAUCUUCAAUGUUGGAUUGCGCCCCGGAAAGGGUGGCCAGCUUUGCCGCAGUGCGGGUACCUAUGCCACUGUUGUGGCCAAGGGCAGCGACUCGCGGCAGAAAGACCUUGAAGCCGAACCCGCAGAGCAGGCUGAGACGGAGAAGAAGCCUAUGACUUUGCGUGAGCGGCAAAAGCAAGAGCGUCAGGCGCAGCAUAUUACCGUCCGCCUCUCCAGUGGUGAAAGCCGUCUCAUCCACAAGGAUUGCUGUGCCACCAUUGGCAUUGCCAGUAACCCCAACUAUCAGUACACCCAGCUGGGUAAGGCCGGUCGAUCACGCUGGCUGAACAUCCGCCCUACUGUUCGUGGUCUGGCUAUGAACGCAAUGGACCACCCUCACGGUGGUGGUCGUGGCAAGUCCAAGGGUAACGUCGACCCGAAGAGUCCUUGGGGCAUUCCGACCAAAUCUGGCUACAAGACUCGCCCCAAGUGGAAGAUCAACAAGGCCGUGGUGCACCCUCGACCCCGCAACCAAGGUCAACGUCGUCGUGGAUACAACUAG